CAAAUGCUGGCAUAUGAAUUGCCGGAGAAAAAUUACAAACUUUUUGGAAUUAAUCUACGUGAAGCAUCUUUUUAUUACGAAAUAAGUCACCUAUUUUAUAUUUUGAUAAUUAAUGCGAUUAUUGAGGCAUAAUGGUAGCUAAAUACUAAAUAAAUUGCUUACAGUAUCCUAAAAUAUACGUCAGGAUUUUACGCAGGCCGAUCGACCUGACAAUAAAUGGAGGAACUCACGGGUCUUUUCAAAGGUCGGUGUGUCCCCCAACCGAGUUAAAUUACUGGUUCGGAUAAAGAUGCUGUCCUUAGCCGCUCGUUCUGGGGCUUUGUCCCCGUACUUGCAGGCGACCAAUGUAGCUGUGAAUGGAUCCCUCAAAGCACUGCUCCCUGGAGCGGUGAAGGGAGAUUCACUGCUGAAAUCCAGCUCACAGAAGACGCCCGCUAUUUCAGCUUGCGUUAGUGCCCCUGGUGGAAUUCGCAUGGCCCACACAGACAUCAAGGUCCCAGACUUCUCUGACUACCGUCGUCCUGAGUUGCUGGACCCCAAGAAGUCCUCCCAGGAGAGCAGCGAGUCCAGGAAGACCUUCUCCUACCUGGUCACUGGGGCCACAGCUGUGGUGGGCGUCUACACAGCCAAGACGGUGGCCACCCAGUUCAUCUCCUCUAUGAGCGCCUCAGCCGACGUGCUGGCCAUGUCCAAGAUUGAGGUGAAGCUGGGAGAGAUCCCAGAGGGCAAGAACAUGACCUUCAAGUGGAGGGGCAAGCCUCUGUUCAUCCGCCACCGAACUGAGAAGGAGAUCGCCACCGAGGAAGCUGUGGAUAUGGCCAUGCUACGUGACCCCCAACACGACAAGGACCGCGUAGCCAACCCGAAGUGGAUCAUCGUGAUCGGUGUCUGCACCCACCUGGGCUGUGUGCCCAUCGCCAAUGCCGGAGACUACGGAGGAUACUACUGUCCCUGCCACGGCUCCCACUACGACGCCUCAGGGAGAAUUCGGAAGGGACCCGCACCUCUCAACCUAGAGGUGCCCUAUUACGAAUUCCCAGACGACGACACCGUUGUUGUGGGAUAAUGUUUGAGCUCCAUUACUUCCCUCACUAGUAUAUUUAUUUGUUUUUUCAAAUGGGUCUGUCUGAGAACUUAGGUUACUAAUAAAGGGGCAUUUUAAAAUAACCUGAAA